AUGGCUAUCACACCGUUGCCUCCCAUAAAGACCUACGAGGACGUUCCAUAUCAACCGCCGCUACCAUCAUCACGGAGCGGCAGCGAGGCCGGGAGCCAGUUCGAUGACGUGCCGCGGCCGACUACUUCAGAAAAUGAUUACGAGCAGCUUCUCAUACCUCAAUCAGCCAACGUAGAGCCAAUUCUGAAUGGGUUCUUCAAAGCCAAAGCGGAAGAAGUUUAUCGUGUGGAAAAUAUUCUAGACUAUCCAGUCACAGAGGGAAUCAAGGAGUAUCUUUGCAAGUGGAAGGGCUACUCCGAUGAGGACAAUAGCUGGGAAGAGUACGACGUUAUCAAAAAGGCAAAAAAAGUCCUCGAUGCUUUCCACAAGAGGCAGAAAAACAACCCCGCCAAAGAGGAUGCUGAGCAAUACUACGUCGACGAGAUUCUUGACGACCGACGUCGAAAAGAUGGCUACGGCUAUGAUGACGAUACCUGGGAGCCUGAAGAUAACCUUGGCGCCGCGAUAUCACUCAUCAACGCCUACAGCUGGAGAAAGAAGCUUAAAAGUCCGUCGCAUUCCUCUGACGAAGCCGACGAUCUGCCUGACGAACCGGAAAGUCAGUCGAAUUCCUCCGACGCAGCCGACGAUGGGACAGAGGAAAUGGACCCCAGCGUGUUUGAGAAGCUACACUCGGUCACCCGCCACCGCGGAGCUGGUGAUACGCUUCAAUACCGUUGCCAAUGGACUAAAUAUGGGACAAUGAAGACGUGGGAGCCGGCUAAGAUGCUGGUCACACAGGAUUGCGGCCGUAUCAGGGAAUACCUCUCUGUUGCUCUCGCUGACGAUCCAAAGGAGGUUGCUGCGCAUGCACGAACUUUGGUUGCUGAAAUCAUUGACCAUCGGAUUGGUAGUGACCAAACUUGCGAAUUCGAAGUCAGAUGGAGAGGAGAAUCGACCCCGAGGCCUGUAUGGCUUACCGAAGCUGAGUCGUGGCCGCUGAUUGAAGUGAUCAGCAAGCGUGUCAAGACGCAUGGACGCCCGAGCAAGGACAUCCCGCCGGCACUCAAGGAUUCCCUACCACGUUCAUUUUGUUCACCGAAGUGCCCGUGGACGCACCUUAUUGGUAUCAGAUAA